UCUUGGGUGUGGAUCCAUAUUCGGUGGAAAAGCACAAAGUGGGAUUUAAUUUAACAUCACGUGGUUCAUCAGGAAGAAGCGUUGAGAGACUGUCUAAAGGAGAGCAGAAAAUCGCAUUUAACCUCUUCAACAGUUUUGGGUAACCAUGUUGGAUGAUUGACAAAUGACAGGGGCAACCAUCAAGCUGAGGGUGGUACAGACGAAAGUAUGUAUGUCCACAGCAAGCACAGGACAAACCUUCAGUCCAAACCCUUUCAUGAGAGCCCAGCCCUCACUCUGCUUCCAUCAGGACCACGGUCCCGUGUAGGAACACGGCUUUCCUGCAGAAACUCUGAGCCUGCGGGCCUGCAAGUGCAGGGGUUUGGCUGUCCCCUCCAGCAGAGGCCCUGCAGUGGCAGGGUGACACCUCAGAGCAGAGGGGGAGGGGAUGGGAGACUGAUGCUGCUGAGCAGUCUCAAGGGAAGGCUGGAGAGCAAAGCAAAACCAGUGGCAAGGGCCAGGACCGGAAAGAGAGCUGUGGAGAGCCUUCAGGCUGGAGCUGCCACUGUUUGCCACCACAGAGAUCCAGUCAGUGACACAGCAGAAAAUCCCAUAACUCCAUGGAACAAUGAGAGAAAGGCUGGUGACGGACAGCCCGGCGCCGUGAGGGUUUCAAAACUUCAUCUGUAUCUGCCUUCAACACGUUGUGAGGAUUUGGACCAGGACUCGCAGACAGAGGAGAUAAGGCCUUCAGCAGACAAUCCUCAUGUUCAAGAACCUGAUGUCAAACCAAACAACACAGGAGACCAGCGUGCAGCACUUCACAGCUCACCACAAUCACCCUCUGAUGACAUCACAAUGGAGGACUCAUAAGAUGUGAAGAACAGAGGACAGAGGGGCCCAGAGCAGUAAACAGAUUGAGCCAAUCUGCCCAUAAAGAGCCUCCACACAGAGUGGACAAAACAGUGUGAUGAGAAACAGGCCUGAGCUGAUAAGGCCUGCAGCUGUCCACAGAUAUGGGCCCCGCGAGGGUUAAAAAUAUGAGCUCCAUAAUGAGAUGGUGUUGGAGUAAAGGGAUGCCUUCAUACAACUGAUGUGCUUGUGCAACAAACACUACUAUUAGUGGAACAGGUGUGUUUGUUUCAAAAUACAAACUGGGAAGAAGGACACAGAAACACACUGGGCCCAGAGCAGCAUGUGAAUAGACGUAAAGAAAGAGAAAGACUUAAAGAGAAUAUUUCAAAUUCAACAAGUGCCCAAAGAGAUACAUUUAUUUAAAACACACAAUGAACAACUUCCAGUAUCUGACAAUAAAUCCCUGUAAUCGUAAUGGUUUGUCCCAACUCUCUCAUCAGUGGCUGUCUGAAAGGCAGGGACAAAAUAAUCAACCGUCAGCAAAAAGAAACGAGGCUACACACACUAACACUAACGUUUCAGAGGGUGAUUCACACUGUAAGGAAAACAGGGGAAUGUUUUAAAUGACUAAACACUCAAGACAAAACUGGUAAUCAAAGGAGAAUCAUUUGCAAAUGUUAAUUGCUGUGAUCACGUGGAAAAUACAUGCACAUCAUUUACAGUAGUUUACAAUACUAUAUGAACAAAAUGACAGAGUGUGAGUCUGUCACUUUCAGCAAACUGUAAAAUCAAUCCAUGCUCUUUUCCCUCCAGGGGACAUGACAGCUUCCGGUCAAGAAACCUGGCCUGUGUAGACGUCCUGCAUUAUUUCAGAGGUGUGGAGCUUAUCGUUCACAGCGUGUCGUGUCUGCGUAGCGUCUUGUUUCAGAGCCUCUCUCAGUACAGAGGUAGCAGAUCAUACACCACACACUGUGCUCCGGAGAGAUCUGGACUCCGCUGCUGCUCCGAAAAGGCCUCAGUGCACAGGAGCCUGUCGCAGAUGAAAACCAAAGUCACCCUUUCAGCUCAUGCCACACAUGUGAGUAACUCACAACAAACAAAAUGAUAAACGAAAGAAAAGAAUAGCCUAAAAAAAAAAAA